UGUUUAGAAAAACAGUGAAGUCUUAUUUUUGGAUGUCAAUAAAUUGGCAAACUAAAUGACAAAAUUAAAUUUUUCGUGAUUCAAAUUGUUCAAGUGAAUGCGGAUAAAGAACCUAUCGUUUUGGCGAGUCAUUUGUGUCUGUUUUGUAUAAUGUAGUAAAUAUUAACAGUUAUGGAUAAUAAAAGCAUAAUUGAGUGUGCCGGAUUUUAUUUUAUUCAUAAUUUCGAUUCUGGGAAUUUGGGCCAUGUAGAACAAGUUCCCUCGGAACUAAUCGCUCCGAGUUUAAAUGUAAAAUCGAAUUGUUCAGAAACACCUGAAUAUGAGUUUAAUUUAUGGACAAGGCCGGAUUGUGCCGGGACAGAGUUUGAAAAUGGAAAUAGAACCUGGUUCUACUUUGGCAUUCAAGCAAGUCAACCUGGUGUACUGGUUCGACUUAACUUGAUAAACCUAAACAAGCAAGGCAAAAUGUACAACCAGGGUAUGGCACCUGUCACUAGGACAUUACCUGGCAAACCUCAGUGGGAGAGGAUAAAGGAUCGUCCAGUGCACUCUACGGAUGAUAACACAUUUACCCUGAGCUUUAAAUACAAGACAUCGGACAAUCCCAAAGCAACGACAUUCUUUGCCUUUACGUAUCCAUACUCGUUUGCUGAGCUGCAGCUAGCUCUGAACGCUGUGGAUGGCAAGUUGCUGCCACUGCCUGCGCCCCAGUCGCCUGACGAUAUAUAUUACUGUCGCGAGUGUCUUACCUACUCACUUGAAGGGAGGCGAGUGGACUUGUUAACAAUAACGUCACAUCACGGGAUAACGGCGGAGCGCGAGGAGAGGCUCAAGAACCUCUUCCCUGAGAACCAAGAGAGGCCAUUCAAGUUCCAGAACAAGAAGGUGAUCUUCAUAUCUGCGCGAGUACACCCCGGCGAGACGCCUUCGAGCUUCGUGUUCAAUGGGUUUCUGAGCCUGCUGCUGGCGCGGCACGACCCGGUGGCGCUGCAGCUGCGCAAGAACUACGUCUUCAAGAUGAUCCCCUUCCUCAACCCGGACGGUGUCGCCCGCGGACAUUACCGCACCGACACACGCGGCGUCAACCUCAACCGCGUCUACCUCAACCCCUCGCCAGCGCUGCAUCCCACUGUCUACGCCUCCAGAGCACUCAUCAGAUAUUAUCACUUUGGCUGCGAAAAAGAGGACAAUUUCGAGGAUAACAAAGCGUUAACAUCUCGGAGUAUGCAGAACAUAAGUGAAAGCGCCGAGCUAUUGGACAACGUGAAGAAGAAAAAAAGUCCAUACAAGAGAGAGUACUACAAGAACAAAGAGAAGUCUCUGGGCUCGAACAAGUCAUCGGGCAACUUGCAGCCAAUCUCGGCCGACUCCUGUAAAGACGCCACCGUCUCCUGCGGCGAAGCGGCGAACCUCGCCGACCAGGUAUACGACAUGAAACUGCAAGAGAUGCCUUCACAGCUGAGCAGCAUGACAACUAAAGAGUCGAACUUGGAGGAGGGGUCUUGUCGGCUGAGCGACGACUUGUUGCGCACCUGUCUCGGCUCCACCGUCCACGUCAGCACCUCCGAGGAGUUAAAAAUCCCCGGCAGCAACCCUCUCAAGCCACUCAGAGAAACACUCAAGAACAGUAUCAGUUUACUCAUGGAAUCAGGGUCUUCCACUGCUGGUGACGGGUCAGUGUGUGGGGGCGUGUCCGGGGGCGGGGCCGAGGGCGUGGUGGGGGCGGGGCGGGCGUGCGGGGUGCGCAUGGGCUGGUGCGGUGAGUGCAGACGUGCGCUGCGCCGCCUCGAGCGCUCCAUGCCGGGCGUGGCGGCCAUGCUGCCCGGAUACCCUGCCGGUGCCGGCGUGCUCACUGCACAACAGUCGUCCCGCUCCGGCUCCCCCACAUUCAGCUCUAUAACUGAGUACAGAGAACAUCAAAUGCAGCAGUUCGAUAGACAGGAGCUUGAGCUACAGGACAUGGAUCAGGCGGCGAGUGAAGACUCCGUGUACUUCUGCACCAACUGCUUCAAGAGAUUCGUUAUGUCCGGCCCUCACGAGGAAGUCGACCAACCGGCGGCCAUGUUUACACAAGCGCCGGGUGCGCCAUCCACAAUCAGUGUGGCGGUGUCUGCAGGUAAUGGAGACGGACCUUCCCCUGAAAUAUCUAUACCGCAACCAGCACCUGUAAUAAAGGAGGAGAAACCGAAGCCGACGUCGGUGAAGCAAGUGAAGAAGAAGAUGAUAUGUGCGUCCAGCUCCAACACGAAAACGCCCAAAGAACCUGAAUCCGGACUUUUCCUGUACAUAGAUCUGCAUGGACACGCCUCCAAGAAAGGCAUCUUCAUGUACGGCAACCACUUUGAAGACGUGGAGAGAUCAGUGGAGUGCAUGUUGCUGCCUCGUAUCAUGUCUCUCAACAACCUGCACUUCCACUUCGCCUCCUGCAACUUCACAGAGCGCAACAUGUAUCUCAAGGAUCGUCGUGAUGGUAUGUCUCGUGAAGGCUCAGGGCGCGUGGCUGUACUGAAGGCGACAGGUCUCGUCCGCUCCUACACGCUAGAGUGUAACUACAACACGGGACGUCUCGUCAACGUGCUGCCUCCCGCACUACGUGACCGCGCCCCGCCUAACGCCCCGCCCAUCACCACGCCCUCCGCUACGCCCCACCCACACGCCCCUCAGCCGCCCAAGUAUACGCCGCAUAUAUUUGAAGAGGUAAGCAACAGCCGCUAUAGGAAUCUGGAGUUUUUCAAAGAGAUAGACCCGAUGAAGGUGGGUCGUUCUCUUGGCGCGUCGAUACUGGACGUGACGGGGCAGCAUCCCAACUCGCGCAUCCCCUGCUCUGAGCACCGCUCGCUGGCCGCGCUGCGCGACUGGCUGCGUGUGCACUCCCGCACCAUGCGCCCGCAGCUGACGAUGUCGCGUCUGCGUCCCAAGACGUCCUCCCCCUCGCGCGUGCCGCUCUACGCCCGCACCAAGACCAAGGUCGUCGACGAGCGCAAGGAGAACGCGUACGUGGCCGCCAAGGCGGAGCCCGAGCGCCGCCGCAGCCCGCCCGUGCUCGCGCCGCGCUCCGGACACGAGAUCAUCAACGUCAACGUCGUCAAGUACGUCAAGAAGACGGAGCCCGUCAAGACGUCCUCGCGCACGCGAUACCUCGCCGACACCGAGCCCAAGCCGAAGACGCUCUCCACCAAGCGGCGCAACAUCCUCGCCAUCCGCAAGCCCAACUCGAGCAAGAGUCCCGCGGGCGUCGUCAAGGCCAAGGCCGGCCGCCGCUCCGCCGACGACUCGGAGAGCUCCCGCUCCGCUCUCUCCGUCAAGGCGUCCAAGCGGAACUUCGCACGCACCCUGCGCGGCGCCAUGACGCGCUCCGGCGCCCGCGCCCGUCCCGCGCCCUCCUCCUCCUCGGACGACGUCGCCGCCGCCGGCACCUGGGAGGAGAUCGCGGGCGGCACCGCGCUCGCCCACCCCCACCCCGACACCGCGCCCCCGCCCGGCAAGCGCCGCUCUUUCCCCAACUCUGGCCCGCAUCUCAAGAAGAUCCGUCUCAAGACUGCCUUGUAG